AUGUCUGGACGCGGCAAGCAGGGCGGCAAGGCGCGCGCCAAGGCCAAGACGCGCUCGUCGCGGGCCGGGCUGCAGUUCCCCGUGGGCCGCGUGCACCGGCUGCUGCGCAAGGGCAACUACGCGGAGCGCGUGGGCGCCGGCGCGCCCGUGUACCUGGCGGCCGUGCUCGAGUACCUGACGGCCGAGAUCCUGGAGCUGGCGGGCAACGCGGCGCGCGACAACAAGAAGACGCGCAUCAUCCCGCGCCACCUGCAGCUGGCCAUCCGCAACGACGAGGAGCUCAACAAGCUGCUGGGCAAGGUCACCAUCGCGCAGGGCGGCGUGCUGCCCAACAUCCAGGCCGUGCUGCUGCCCAAGAAGACCGAGAGCCACCACAAGGCCAAGGGCAAGUGAGCAAGCGCGGCCGGCCUGCGCCUGCACCAAAGGCUCUUUUCAGAGCCACCACGGCGUCCACGGGAGGACUGAGCACUGUUGAGUACUUGAAGAUAAAGCACGGAGACCCACAGUGCUGGGUGUUGCAGACAGGAGAACUGGCUGUUGUCCCCUGCUCACUCCCCACGGCCACGACGGCCGUAGCUGAGCCGAUGCAAUGACAGGGUUCUUCUGGUCUCCCACGUGGGUGCAGGGGCCAAGCACUUGGUCAGCUUCCCCUGCUUUCCCAGGCGCGUUCGCAGGGGCCUGAGUUACGCACAGCACCCCGGACUGAGCCAGCACUCGAUGUUGAAUGCUGGUGUGUGCAGUCUAGGCCUGCUGUGCCACAAGGCCGGCCCUUGCUCCACACUUGUAGGAUAAAGGACUUAAUCUGAUGACAUCUGAAAUGACCUAAUCUGGUAAAUAAGUAACAGUUGCUAUUUAAAUGGAGAUCAAAACUAGACAUUUUGCCACAGUGAUUUAAGCUGGUAAUUGCAACUAAAGCCUUUAGAACCUCUAAAGUGGCAGAUUUAAGAAAGUGUUUAAACAUUCCAGCGUUCUUCGAACUAGUUUCUCUGCACAGAUAUUGGACAAA